AUGCAAAAACCUCCGAAGAAAGCCAUUAAGAAGCAGAAGGCAGCUCAGGGAAGAAAGCGUAUUACCCUAGAGGAAUUAUUUAGACGUCGAGAAAAAGAGGAAGAAUUGCUUUCCACCAGUCGAACCAAGCGUUCACUUCAACUGACUUUUGAAGGACUGGUCGUACACGCGAAGAAUGCGCCGGAAAGUGAGAUUCGCCUUGCACUCGAAUGUGAAGUCACUCUGUAUAAAGUUAAAAGGGAUCAUAAAAAACGAAAGUUGAACAAUGGACACUGGGAUGCCUGCGAAUAUAAACAGAUUCAUCGUUCUUGUAUCCCUUUGUUAUACGGGGACAUUAUUUUAAACUUUCGCAUUUAUGCGCUCAAUUCUCAAUCAUGGCCGCCUCUCGCGACCUUUUCACCCGCUCAAAAGACCUUAAGCAGCGAGCAUUCAAAGUUGAAUGCUGUUCGAAAUGUCGACUGCGUCGACAUUCGCAGGAUUUUAUGUAACCAGAUAAGUGUGAUCGAAAAUGGACGAUUUUGCAAGGACGGGCAGUAUGACGUUGUCCUGAGACUUGCGCGGGAGCAAGGCUCUAUAAUACCAUCGGAUUGGAAGAUACGUUUUACGCUCUAUUGGGAUUGCAAGGUGCAUCUCCCAUUGAGACCCAUGGAACCCAAGCCGCACUUAAUCCCGGACCCGCCGAAAGACGUUCACCUCAUUUCAUAUAUAUAUCGCGUGGCAGACUGUGAGUUGACCCAGCAUGUCAGGGGUUUUCGUUGUCCGUGGUGUUCACAUCUCUGCUUUACAGACAAAAAUGUGUUUCUCGUGGUCCUCAUCGUUCGACCCUUCCUCUUAACGCAGGGCGGAAAACAGCUACAAAACGAUCGCAUAAUAAUUGUGACCUCGAAUGAAGAAUUUUCGGAAUUCGAGUAUUUCCAGAUUGAUAAGCGAGACGGCAGUUGGACAGUCAAACCAUUCAUUUAUCCCUUAAAGCAAUAUACCACACCGCCUCUCGCUAUAUCGUCAUUGCCCACCAGCAAUUUUUAUCAUUCCCACACAUUUAUGCCCUUCAAGGAAGGAGACCCUGACUCGGAGGAUGAGACUUGCACUCAUUGGUUAGAACAGUUGAAUGAUGAGACCUUGGAUGAACUUUCGGACGUGAGUGACAAGGAGAAACAGAUGAUGAAGAUCUGGAAUAGAUAUAUAGAACCCAAGAGGGGUCUCGCGGACAAAAAUCUCUCAUCCGUUUGCAUCGAAUUCGCAAAGUCGCGUGCCCAUCAGAUCGUUGAACUGGAUUUGAGGAAUGAAUUUGCAUUCCAUCUGCUCAACAUUCUCGAGUUUCAAAUCAUUGAUAGCGCUUGUGUCACUAAAUGUUUGGGAUAUGUUGAUAAGUUGACUAAACAGCAUUGA